AUGCAUCCAGUUCUAAAGGCCUUUGUGUGUGGCUCCAUCAGUGGGACUUGCUCCACACUCCUCUUCCAACCCCUUGACCUGCUGAAAACUCGCUUGCAAACUCUGCAGCCUGCUGUGAAUGGGUCCAGCCGUGCUGGGAUGGUAACACUGCUCUUCAGGGUUGUUCGUACUGAGAGUCUUCUGGGGCUCUGGAAAGGAGUCUCUCCAUCCUUUGCAAGAUGUAUUCCUGGGGUUGGGAUUUACUUCAGCACUUUGUAUAUGAUGAAGCAAAAGUUUCUAGUGGACCGGUCACCCACAGCCCUGGAGUCUGUCCUUCUGGGUGUCACUGCACGUGCAGUUUCUGGGAUUUGCAUGUUGCCAGUGACUGUAGUGAAGACCCGGUAUGAGAGUGGAAAAUUUGGCUAUGGGAGUGUAUAUGGAGCUCUGAAGAAUAUCUAUCAGACAGAAGGGGCUCGUGGCAUGUUCAGUGGGCUCACUGCAACGCUGCUGCGGGAUGCUCCCUUCUCUGGCAUCUACCUGAUGUUCUACACACAGACCAAAAACCUCACACCUCAGGACGAGCUGGAUCCAGUGCUCAUGCCCUUGCUGAAUUUUGGCUGUGGGAUCUUUGCGGGAAUCUUGGCCUCGCUGGCAACGCAGCCUGCUGAUGUCAUCAAAACACACAUGCAGCUGUCCCCCCAGACGUACCGCAGGACAAGCCAGGCCAUUGCCUUCAUCUACAAGGACUUUGGGUUGGCAGGCUUUUUCCGAGGCGGUGUGCCCCGUGCCCUCAGGCGUACUCUCAUGGCAGCAAUGGCAUGGACGGUGUAUGAACAGAUGAUGGAAAAAAUGGGCUUGAAAUCUUGA